AGUUUCCUCUUGUAGCCAGAACUUUAUCCGAAUAUCAAUUGCUCACGUUGAUCAGACUCCAUGAGGAUCUAUUUUAUGAAACCACGUCCAGACCACAUUGUAGAAAUUCCUUUUCGAAAAAUAUAUCCACCACGUACCGUUCAGUUACAGAAUGUGGUGAAUGACCUCCACACGCGCGAUAUCUGGGCAUUCAACAUCUUGCCACAUUCCCUCUCAAACCCAAAAACCGGACGCGUAUCAUGGGACUCGAUCUUGGGUCCCUGUAUAACAGGAGGCCACACGCCGUUAUCUGUAAUAGGUCUUUCAGGCCACUGGGCCCUGCUCAGCGGGAUGCAGGCAGGAGAUGACAUCUCCCAGUUACCCUGGGUGGGUGUCAUUGCCUGCGAGCAUCCCCAGGCGCCUUGGCCUGACACCAACAGGGAAAACUGCUAUCGUCGUUUGAUAUCAAUUUGCCAGCGCAAGACACGAGACACGGGUGAAAGACUCGAUUUCCUGAUAUCUUCGCAUGGGUCGAAGUUUAAAGCAUUCUGGGUGAACUACGAAGGGGAGGAAGUUCAUCUGGAGCAGAUUGGAAACCCAUAUGUUCCAAAGGGAGUUAGGUAUGCCCCGAUGGACGUUGUGGACGAUGAUAGAUUCCUUGGCUUUGUGAUUAGAAACUUGAAGGUGGUGUCUGCUAUCCACAAUUUCUUACCUGGGCUGGUCCCAGCUUGUUCUACCCCGACACAAGACGCUACCCAAGCUCCUAUUAAAUAGGUCUCGCAC